AUGUCGUCCGGUCUGGCGACGGAGCGCAGGGGCCAUGCAGCUCUCAAGCCAUCGAAGCCUGUCGGACGCUACAGGCCAGGUAUCGCACCUCAAGGCCAAGCACUCGCAUCAGAUUCGGACUCUGAUGAGGAGCACGAGCAAGCUGCUCAAGCUGAAGAGGCCGCAUUGGAAGCAGAAGAAGCAGAGGAUCUAGGCCGACAAGAUCUAGCUGUACCCGCCAAAGCAGCCAAGCCGUCCAUCAGACUACGAGAUGUCACGCUGCCCGCUGCUCAAGCUCAAGUGGACGGUUCCUCGUCGAGCGAGUAUGAGACAGACUCAGAGGCGGAAGCUGCUGCCACGGCAAAGACAAGCAAGGUCGCACCGACGGCUGAGUCAUCCUCCGAGUACGAGACAGAUUCUGAAGAUGAUGUCAAACCGAUCUACAAGCCCGUCUUUGUACCCAAACGUCAACGCGAGAACGGAGCUACCAAUCUGCCUGGAGUCAUGUCAAUCGAAGAACAAGAGCUGGACCAUCAGGCCCGACUCGAAGCGCAGAGAAGAGAGUCACACGCUCUGAUUGCCCAAUCGAUCCAACGAGAACUGGCCUCGAAAGAGAAAGAGGAGGUCUUUCCCGGAUUUGACGAUAGAGAUGGGGUGGAUCCGACUGCCGAAUUCGAAGCCUGGAAGCUGAGAGAGCUAUUGAGGCUUCAACGCGAUCAGGCAGCCCGGUAUGCUCGCGAGCAAGAGAGAGAGGAGAUCGAACGACGACGCGCUAUGCCGGAAGAAGUCAGACUGCGAGAAGAUCUCGAGCGAGCCGAGCAAUCUCGUCAGGAGAAGCCCAAAGGAUCUCAAGCCUUUUUGCAAAAGUACCACCACAAAGGCGCUUUCUAUGCGGACGACGAGAUACUCAAGCGGCACGACUAUACCCAAGCCACGGGCGCAACGAUCAAGAAUGCCUCGAGCUUACCCGCCGUCAUGCAGAAGAAGAAUUUUGGCAAAGCUCAUCAGACAAAGUACACGCACUUGCGAGAUCAAGAUACCUCUCGGCCGGAUGCUGCAGGAGGUGGCUCAUCAGAUCGAGCUUGCUUCCUCUGCGGACAACCUGGUCAUGUCAAAUCGGAGUGUCCAAACGCAGAGAGCAUGUCGAAAGGACCGAGUGGUGCCAACGCUAUGCCUUCUCUGAGACCUUUCGGCGCUCGUCCGAGCAACGACCACGAUCGAGACGAUUCUUUCCGAGAUCGAUCGAAUGGGGAGAGAAGACGGGAUCAAAGGCCGGGCGCUUACCGAGACGGACGAAAAAGAAGCGCGAGCCCAAGAGAGCGAUACGAAGAUCUAGAUUACGACAAGCGCCGGAGGAAGAGAGACUGA